AUGGCAUCGCUUCCGCCACCUCCCCCUCCGGGAUGGGGAUCGGCAGCUCCUCCAUCCAUGCCUUCUGCACCUCCGCCGCCUGGAUACCGACCCCCAGCCGAUCCGAAAGUCGCAAAGUUUGCCCAGAAAAAGACAGAAUGGCUGAGGACCCAGCGAAACAGAUUUGGCGAAAAAAGGAAAGCAGGUUUUGUCGAAUCGCAGAAAACUGAUAUGCCACCCGAACAUUUACGAAAAAUUGUUAGAGACAUCGGCGACGUUUCUCAGAAAAAGUUUAGCAGUGACAAACGAAGCUAUCUUGGAGCAUUGAAAUUCAUGCCCCAUGCUGUUCUUAAGCUACUUGAGAAUAUGCCCAUGCCUUGGGAAUCAGCUCGCGAAGUUAAGGUUCUGUAUCAUGUUAAUGGUUGCUUGACUCUUGUCAAUGAGAGCCCCCGAGUCAUCGAGCCUGUUUUCCAUGCUCAAUGGGCGACCAUGUGGGUUUGCAUGAGGAGAGAAAAGGCCGACAGACGACAUUUCAAGCGUAUGCGCUUUCCUCCAUUCGACGAUGAAGAACCCCCUUUGUCGUGGUCCGAAAAUAUUGAAGAUGUUGAACCCUUGGAGCCCAUACAGAUGGAGCUUGAUGAGAAUGAAGACGCCGCUGUGUACGAGUGGUUCUAUGAUCACAGGCCUCUACUCGAUACUCCUCAUGUCAACGGACCAAGUUAUAAGCAGUGGAAUCUGUCUCUUCCGCAGAUGGCUACUCUCUAUCGCCUAAGUCAUCAACUAUUGAGCGAUGUGGUAGAUAAAAAUUACUUCCACAUGUUCGAACUUGACAGUUUUAUCACAGCCAAGGCUCUUAAUGUGGCUAUUCCGGGAGGGCCUCGAUUCGAACCUCUAUACAAAGAUAUCGAUCCAAAUGACGAGGACUUUGGCGAGUUCAAUGCGAUUGAUCGAAUUAUUUUUCGCUCCCCUAUCCGCACAGAAUAUCGUGUGGCGUUUCCUUACCUUUACAAUUCUCUCCCAAGGAGCGUUAAGCUGUCUUGGUAUUCGCAUCCCCAGGCUGUUUAUGUUCGGUCCGAUGACCCGAACCUUCCGGCCUUCUACUUCGAUCCCGUUAUCAAUCCUAUAUCGUCGCGGUCCGUUGCUCCCAAAAACAUCACUGUUUCCCACGAGGAUGAAAUUUUCGGUCCGGAUAAUAAUGAGGAUGAUUUCGAACUUCCAGGCGAUGUUGAACCUUUCUUGGCGGAUGAGGAGCUCUACAACAGCGACACAGCAUCAGCGAUUGCUCUUCUAUGGGCUCCUUAUCCUUUUGACCGCCGUUCGGGCAGGAUGGUUCGGGCACAGGAUGUUCCAUUGGUAAAGCAGUGGUACCUGGAACACUGCCCACAGGGCCAGCCUGUCAAGGUUCGAGUCUCAUAUCAGAAGCUUUUGAAGUCAUAUGUGCUCAACGAGCUACAUAAGACCAAGCCCAAAGCUCAAAACAGGCAGGAUCUAUUGAAAACACUCAAGGGUACCAAGUUCUUCCAGACAACGACAAUUGACUGGGUCGAAGCAGGUCUUCAAGUUUGUAGGCAGGGCUUCAAUAUGUUGAAUUUACUUAUUCAUCGAAAAAAUUUAACAUAUCUGCACCUCGAUUAUAACUUUAAUCUGAAGCCUGUGAAGACCCUGACAACAAAGGAACGAAAAAAGUCUCGCUUCGGUAAUGCCUUCCAUCUUAUGCGGGAAAUAUUGCGUUUGACAAAGUUAAUUGUCGAUGCGCAAGUGCAAUACCGACUUGGUAACAUCGACGCCUUCCAGCUUGCUGAUGGUAUUCUCUACGCCUUCAACCAUGUCGGACAGUUGACUGGUAAAGGUCCAGGCUGCGGUUUCUGGGCGCCGGCAUGGCGUGUCUGGCUAUUUUUCAUGCGUGGUAUUAUCCCAUUGCUAGAGAGAUGGCUUGGAAACCUGCUUUCCCGCCAAUUUGAGGGCCGUCAUAGCAAGGGCGUUGCGAAGACAGUGACGAAGCAACGUGUGGAGUCUCACUUUGACUUAGAAUUGCGUGCUUCUGUCAUGGCUGAUCUCAUUGACAUGAUGCCGGAAGGUAUCAAACAAAACAAGGUUAACACCGUUCUACAGCAUCUGUCUGAGGCAUGGAGAUGCUGGAAGAGUAACAUCCCAUGGAAAGUACCAGGUCUUCCAGCUCCAAUCGAAAACAUCAUUCUUCGAUAUGUCAAAGCCAAGGCUGAUUGGUGGAUCUCGGUUGCUCAUUACAAUCGUGAGAGAAUUCGAAGGGGCGCUACUGUGGACAAGACAGUGGCGAAAAAGAACUUGGGUCGUCUCACCCGACUUUGGCUGAAAGCCGAACAGGAGCGACAACACAAUUACCUCAAGGACGGUCCCUACGUCUCGUCCGAAGAAGCUGUUGCUAUCUAUACCACCACUGUUCACUGGCUAGAAUCUCGCAAAUUUUCUCCGAUUCCGUUCCCUAGUGUCUCCUAUAAGCAUGAUACUAAGAUUCUGAUCCUGGCUCUCGAACGACUACGAGAAUCUUAUUCUGUGAAAGGUCGCCUCAACCAAAGUCAGCGUGAGGAAUUGGCUCUCAUUGAACAAGCAUAUGAUUCCCCUGGCACUACGUUAGCUAGAAUUAAGCGCUUUUUGUUGACUCAGCGAGCGUUUAAGGAAGUUGGCAUUGACAUGAACGACAACUACAGCGACAUUAAUCCCGUUUAUGAUGUUGAGCCAAUCGAAAAAAUAACCGACGCCUACUUGGAUCAGUAUUUGUGGUAUCAAGCUGACCAGCGACACCUGUUCCCUUCCUGGAUUAAGCCUUCAGAUUCCGAGGUGCCGCCAUUGUUGACAUAUAAAUGGGCUCAGGGAAUAAACAAUCUGUCUAACGUGUGGGAGACAGCUGAUGGCGAGACGAACGUUAUGAUAGAAACGAAGUUAUCCAAGGUCUACGAGAAGAUUGACUUGACUUUGCUCAAUCGACUUCUUCGUCUAAUCAUGGAUCACAAUCUGGCCGAUUACAUUACGUCGAAGAACAAUGUCCAACUUAAUUACAAAGACAUGAAUCAUACAAAUAGUUAUGGAUUGAUUCGUGGUCUUCAAUUCUCCGGCUUUGUCUUUCAGUACUAUGGCUUGGUUAUUGAUCUUCUUCUUCUGGGUCUUCAACGCGCAAGCGACCUAGCUGGUCCCCCGCAAAGUCCAAAUGAUUUCUUGCAGUUCAAGGACCGUGAGACUGAAACACGUCAUCCGAUCCGUCUUUAUACACGCUAUGUCGACAAGAUUUGGGUCUUCUUACGAUUUAGCGCGGACGACUCUCGGGAUCUCAUACAGCGCUUCCUUACGGAACAACCAGAUCCUAACUUUGAGAAUGUCAUUGGAUACAAGAAUAAGAAAUGCUGGCCUCGUGAUUCCCGGAUGCGUCUCAUGCGUCAUGAUGUCAACCUUGGGCGGGCUGUUUUCUGGGACUUAAAGAAUCGGUUACCGCGAUCUAUAACCACUAUUGAAUGGGAUGACACAUUUGCAAGCGUGUAUAGCAGAGACAACCCGAACCUGCUUUUCUCGAUGUGCGGCUUCGAAGCUCGUAUUCUUCCGAAGAUUCGGAACCAGAAUGAUGAAUUCCCUAUCAAAGAUAGUGUCUGGUCCCUCGUGGACAAUACGACGAAAGAGCGAACUGCGUAUGCAUUCCUUCAGGUGACUGAAGAAGAUAUUCAAAAGUUCAAUAACCGCAUUCGUCAAAUUCUCAUGUCCUCUGGCUCUACGACGUUCACCAAGAUCGCCAAUAAAUGGAAUACAGCGUUGAUUGCUCUCUUCACAUACUAUCGUGAGGCUGCUGCAUCGACAGUCAAUCUCUUGGAUACAAUCGUGAAGUGUGAGACAAAAAUACAGACACGAGUCAAGAUUGGUUUGAACUCAAAAAUGCCAUCGAGGUUCCCUCCAGCUGUCUUUUACACACCCAAGGAGUUGGGUGGUCUUGGAAUGAUAUCUGGUUCUCACAUUCUCAUUCCUGCAAGCGAUAAGCGCUGGUCUAAACAAACUGACACCGGCGUCACCCAUUACCGCGCGGGUAUGUCACAUGAUGAGGAAACCUUAAUUCCACACAUCUUCCGCUACAUCAUACCUUGGGAAGCUGAGUUCAUUGAUUCACAACGUGUUUGGAUGGAAUACUCCCAAAAGCGACAGGAAGCCAAUCAACAGAACAGGCGUUUGACCCUGGAGGAUUUGGAAGACAGCUGGGAUCGUGGUCUUCCCCGUAUCAACACUCUCUUCCAGAAGGAUCGAAGCACCCUCAGCUUCGAUAAAGGUUUCCGUGCCAGGACCGAAUUCAAGAUUUAUCAACUCAUGAAGAGCAAUCCAUUCUGGUGGACUAGCCAGAGACACGAUGGCAAACUCUGGAAUCUGAACGCAUACCGUACCGAUGUGAUCCAAGCGCUGGGCGGUGUUGAGACCAUUUUGGAGCACACCUUGUUUAAAGCAACUGCUUUUCCGUCAUGGGAGGGUCUAUUCUGGGAACGAGCUAGCGGUUUCGAAGAAUCCAUGAAAUUUAAAAAGCUCACGAACGCUCAGCGUUCUGGUCUUAAUCAGAUCCCCAACCGUCGUUUCACUCUGUGGUGGUCUCCCACUAUCAAUAGAGCGAACGUCUACGUCGGUUUCCAAGUGCAGUUGGAUUUGACUGGCAUUUUCUUGCACGGAAAGAUCCCGACGCUGAAAAUUUCGUUGAUCCAGAUUUUCCGUGCUCAUUUGUGGCAGAAAAUACACGAAUCCGUUGUGAUGGAUCUUUGCCAGGUCUUUGACCAAGAAUUGGAAGCUCUUGGCAUUGAAGCGGUUCAAAAGGAAACCAUCCACCCAAGGAAGUCUUACAAGAUGAAUAGCUCCUGUGCGGAUAUUCUGUUAUUUGCGACGAACAAGUGGAAUGUGACCCGACCAUCGCUUCUCUUUGACACGAAAGAUGUCAUUGAACCCACAACGACGAAUAAGUUCUGGCUUGAUGUCCAACUACGUUACGGUGACUACGAUUCGCAUGAUAUCGAACGUUACGUACGGGCGAAAUACCUUGACUAUACAACAGAUAGUAUGAGUAUAUACCCAUCAGCUACUGGCUUGAUGAUCGGUAUAGAUUUGGCCUACAACCUUUACUCUGCUUAUGGUCAAUACUUCCCUGGACUGAAAGCGCUUAUUCAACAGGCUAUGGCAAAGAUCAUGAAAGCAAAUCCAGCCUUGUAUGUACUGCGAGAGCGUAUUCGCAAGGGUCUGCAGCUGUAUGCUUCCGAAAAUAACCAGGAGUUCCUCAACUCUCAGAAUUAUUCCGAGUUGUUCAGUCCUCAAAUUCAGCUUUUCAUUGAUGAUACGAAUGUCUAUCGAGUUACUAUUCAUAAAACAUUCGAAGGUAACUUGACGACUAAACCAAUCAACGGAGCUAUCUUCAUCUUCAACCCUCGUACCGGCCAAUUGUUCUUAAAGAUUAUCCACACAAGUGUCUGGGCUGGCCAGAAACGUCUCGGCCAAUUGGCGAAAUGGAAAACAGCGGAAGAAGUUGCAGCCCUCAUUCGUUCACUGCCUGUCGAAGAACAACCCAAACAGCUUAUUGUUACACGCAAAGGCCUUCUUGAUCCUCUGGAGGUUCAUCUACUUGACUUCCCUAAUAUUUCCAUCCGUGCAUCCGAACUUCAGCUUCCUUUCCAAGCUGCCAUGAAAGUUGAGAAGCUUGCAGAUAUGAUCUUAAGAGCAACUGAGCCUCAGAUGGUUCUUUUCAACCUCUACGAUGAAUGGCUGAAAUCUAUCUCGCCAUAUACUGCUUUCUCCCGAUUGAUUCUGAUCCUUCGUGCGCUUCAUGUCAACACUGAUAAGACAAAAAUUGUUCUUCGACCGGAUAAGACCGUUAUUACCCAGGAACAUCAUAUAUGGCCGACACUUUCCGAUGACGACUGGAUUAAGGUGGAAGUCCAACUGCGUGAUCUCAUUUUGAAUGACUACGGCAAGAAGAACAAUGUCAACGUCCAGAGUUUGACUAGCAGUGAGGUCAGGGAUAUCAUCCUUGGUAUGGAAAUCAGUGCGCCAUCGCUGCAACGUCAGCAAGCGGCCGAGAUAGAGAAGCAACAGGAGGACCAGAAGCAACUUACAGCGGUCACUACAAAGACUCAGAAUGUCCGCGGCGAAGAGAUCAUAGUGACCACAACGUCGCAGUAUGAACAACAAUCUUUUGCUUCCAAGACGGAAUGGCGUACUCGUGCUAUUGCCACGUCCAACCUCCGCACUCGGGCCAACAAUAUCUAUAUAUCAUCUGAUGAUAUCCGCGAAGAUGGACUGUACACAUACGUCAUGCCAAAGAAUAUCUUGAAGCGUUUCAUCAUGAUUGCCGAUCUUCGGGUUCAGGUUGCAGGUUACCUUUACGGUAGAUCACCGCCGGACAACGACCAAGUCAAAGAAGUUUGUACCAUUGUCAUGAUUCCUCAAGUUGGAAAUACCCGCGAUGUGCAGCUUCCGCAGCAAUUGCCUCAACACGAGUAUCUCAACAAUCUGGAACCCCUGGGAGUUAUCCAUACUAUCUCGGGCAAUGAGCCAUCAUACAUGACUGCGCAGGACGUCACUCAACAUGCACGGCUCAUGAACUCACAUUCGUCAUGGGACAAGAAAACAGUGACUAUGACUGUAUCGUUUACGCCUGGGUCAGUCUCACUAGGCGCAUGGGCGCUCACUCCUCAGGGUUAUAAGUGGGGUGCCGAGAACAAAGAUACCAGCUCAGAUCAACCACAGGGAUUUUCAACGAAUAUGGGUGACAAAUGCCAGCUAUUGCUCAGUGACAAGAUACGCGGAUAUUUCUUGGUGCCGGAGGACAAUGUGUGGAACUACAGCUUCAUGGGCAGUUCUUUCAGCAGCGUCGAAAAACGACCCGUUUAUGUCAAGAUUGACACUCCUCUGCGAUUCUACGACGAUCAGCACCGUCCCCUGCACUUCCAGAACUUUGCUGAGUUGGAGGACAUCUGGGUUGAUCUUUUAUGUUUGUUCAAAAUCGUGACUUAUGUCCCUGAGAAUACCAUCGCAAGGCGGACUUCUUCCGUGGAAGCAAAGGUGGGCCCACAUGCUGCAAAAAAAGCUGCCCCGCACGUGCGACUCAUACAAUCGCCGCCGGCUUUCUGCAACCCCUCCAAGAGAUCAGCAAAGCGUCUUCAACACUCGUCUCGCGGCAUUGGUAGCGGCGGUGAAGAUUUUCAACUUCUGGUUUGGAUCGAAAACAUUUUGAUCUGCACACGGACUGGUAAAAAAGGGGGGGGAAAAGAAACGAAGACAUACCAAGACAUCAUGGCACAACCCGAAGCCGCAACGGUGCUCCCAAUCCGCGAAGGGGAAGGAGAAAAGAAGGGUGCCGCUGAGCAGGAAAUCAACCCUUGGGAUGUUCAAGCUGGCACGGACGAGAAUGGGAAUUCGCUUGCAUUCGAUUACGUCGCCAUCUCAAAGAAAUGGGCAACCAAACUCAUUGAUGAUGAUAUCCUUCAACGAUUUGAGCGUCUUACGGGCCACAAACCUCACCGCUGGCUAAGGCGAGGACUCUUUUUCUCGCAUCGUGACUUCGAUAAGAUUCUUGAUAGAUACGAAGCGGGAGAACCUUUCUUCAUAUACACUGGACGUGGCCCAUCAAGCGAUGCGCUACAUCUCGGACAUACGAUACCUUUCUCUUUCACGAAGUGGCUUCAGGAUGUGUUUGAUGUUCCUCUAGUGAUCAUGCUUACAGAUGAUGAGAAGGCUCUCUUCAAGGACAAGCUUACUUUUGAGGACGCGCACAAAUUUGGACUACAGAACGCCAAGGAUAUCAUUGCUUGCGGCUUUGAUCUCAAGAAGACUUUUAUUUUCAGUGAUUUGGAAUAUAUCAGCGGACCCUUCUUGAUGAAUACCUGGGAGUUCUCCAAACUUGUCACAUUUAAUCAAGUGAGAGGCGCGUUUGGGUUUAAUGAGAGUACCAACAUUGGAAAAAUCAUGUUCCCGGCAGUGCAAUGUGUUUUCCCCAGUGUGGCUGCUUUUGCCACAUCAUACCCCCAUAUCUGGUCCGAAAAACCUGCAACAGAGCGGACAAAGGCAAUUGCAAAGAUCCCUUGCUUGAUUCCUAUGGCAAUAGAUCAAGAUCCUUAUUUCCGACUCCUGCGAGAUAAUGCUCAUAGGAUGCGUUUUCCUUCGCCAAAGCCGGCAUUGAUCCAUUCAAAAUUCCUCACCUCGCUGCAAGGUGCCGGUGGCAAGAUGAGUGCUAGUGACCCAAAUUCUGCGAUUUACAUGUCGGAUACCCCAAAUCAAAUCAAAAAUAAAAUCAACAAGCACGCAUUCAGCGGUGGCAGAGAGACUGUGGAGGAGCACCGGGAGCUGGGUGGUAUUCCGGAGAUCGACGUUGCAUUUCAAUAUCUUUCUUACUUUGAAGAAGAUGACGAGAAACUGAAGAAGAUCGAGGACGACUACCGAAGCGGGGCGCUACUCACCGGUGAAUUGAAGAAGAUGGCAAUCGAAUUGAUUCAGGAGCACGUCAAGGAAUUUCAGACCAGGAGGAAGGAGGUAUCGGACGAUCUCUUAAGACAGUUCAUGGCGCCGCGCAAGCUGGAGUGGAAAGGAAACCCUAACCCCAAGCCCAAGGAGGCCAUUAAGAAGGAGAAAGAGGCAUCGUCACAGAAAAACUGA